AUGGGCUUUUUGUAUUNAACCACAACUGCUGCAACAACACCAGUUGCUCACACAUUUUCGAUGGCUACGCAUGCUCCACAACAGCCAUCGCCCAUUAUACCAGCUAUACAUCACAAAGUGUUGCUGGAUUCAGUUAGUAGCGGUGGCGCCGGGGGAGUUCUAAAUACCGAUUCUUAUACCAGCCAAGAUUCUACUUUGGUAAUAGACGAACCCGACUCAACUACCACAACACCCCAUACUCCACCGACUACGCCAGAAAAUAAUUCACCUCCGUCACCGCCAACGAAUUUGGCAUCUACAAGAUCAGCAGUAGUCCCACAAUCAAUAUUAGCUCAAAAUAUAAUUGGAGAAACAGUCGUUUCUGGAAAAGAGAACUAUUCUGCAGCUCAAACAACAGUUUGUGUGUCCUCAUUUAAGGCGUCAAUAAAUAAAGCACAACACAAAAUUUCAACUUGUACAUCCGGUCAAUCUAUUACUACAAUAUUACUUGACGAUGAAAGCGACUAUAUAAAAAGCGGCUUGGAAAAGGAUGCAGAUUCUGGAAGAGGUGGGACUGCUGGAAACACUCUGAACGAAAGUGUUAUGGAAAUAGAAGAUAAUGAGGUGGAUGAAAUAUCAACACAGGAUACUGUAAGCAUGAUGAACAAUACCAAAUCUGGAGACAUCGCGGAUCUACGUCCAAUACACGAAGAGCUUGGUAUUGCCCAGUUGGACGAAUCCAAAGGAGAAACCGUUAUGCAAGAAUCGCAGUUAGAUUCUCCCCCAUCGCCCACACCAGGAAAACCCGUUGAAAUAAUAUCAAAUGAAACUUCCUUAUCAGUUACAAUCCUCACUCCACCAACGCCCACAAGUUCAUCACCAACCUCAGACGAUGAGCUGAAAAGUAUAAGCUCUAAAGAGAUCAGUUUCGCCAUGGGUGAGGAUGUGUUUAUUCGCAAAGAAGAUAGUCGCCAGUAUCUUGGCACAGUGAUCGGAAGUAGCGCUGGUGGUGGACUGAACAAGCCACAAUAUAUUCAGUAUUUGAUCCGCUUUGAUGAUAACUCAGAGUUAUGGUGCGGCAUUGAGGACAUGAGGCGGUUUGGCGGUAGUAGUGGAAGCGGUAACGCGCAAAUGUGUGUAGCUUGUAAGCGCCCUCAAGUACAAGACGUGGUGGAAACUUGUGAAGAUUGUAGGCGUGGUUACCACCGGGGCUGCACCAGAGAAACAAAACCGGGCAGUGGUGUAUGGUGGUGUUUACGAUGCAGCAAGCCCAUGAAGAACCCAAUACACGAAGCCCACAAGGCUGCUGGCAAGCCAUUAUUGCAGCACAACAGGAGUUAUAAGAACACUGGUGAUAUUUCCAAGACAUUGGCUUCUCAAAAACUGAAAACUCCAGCAGAUGUUUAUGAAUUUCACAUUGAGGAUAGCGAGACAUUUACUUCAGAUGAUGAAAUUCCUAUAAAACAUAUUAUGGAAAAAGCACGAAAAAGUAGGGACCCAACUCAAAACUCCAAUGCCAUUAGUAUCAGGCCGAAGUCAAUCAAGAAGCGCAACAAUUUCGAUGAUAUGUUAUGUGAAGAAAUUGUGUCUCUGGAUGACGAGAACGCAAAUGAUGCAAACAGUGUCAAUAAAAUGCCAGUGUCCUCCCUAAUGGAUAAAGUUAAAGAAAAAGGCCUGCAAAAUGGCAUGUCAUCUAAACCAUCUAAAUGUGCUACUAGUCUUAACCAAGGCAAAGAAAGAAUUGAUACUGGUGGGAUAAUCCAUGAUAGUGUUCUUGUACCUCAAACAGUUGACCACAAAAGUACUUCAUCUGUUUUCAUAAAAGAGUCAUCAGUAACAACAGAGCGCAGCAGUCGUAAGCGCAAGGCAUUCACAUUAUCAAAUUCCUACAAGGAGGUUGCCGCUGAAGCAGCAUCAAAGCGCUACGAUAGCAGUCGCAUCUGUGACUCCUCUUCUGAUGAAAACUCGUCAAGUAGCCGCGGUACUUCCCUGGAUGUCAUCAUACCGCCGCCGAAAAACUUUCUUGGACUUAAUAAUCCCUUUCGAAUGGUUACACCUAAGAAGAACUCGUCCGCAACACAUGCAGGCGGUGGUGUCAAAAGCUUACUAAACUUCAAUUGCAAUGGCACAAUGAUUAAAAGCAGUAUUUUUAAUACAACAGCCUUGGAUUUCAGCUCCAAGUUGGCAGCGCUUAAAAGCGCUGGCAUGUUCCCAAACCUUAGUACAAGUAAUUUAGCCAAGGCUGCCGGCCAGCCCCGGACAGUGCGCACGAUCAAGAGAAGACUGAGUGCCAAAGAUAUAACAAUCGGCCCAAACCAAGAGGUGCGUAGAAGAAGAACUCGUCGCCUAUCCUCCAAUGUAGAGGUUAUUAGUACAACCACAAUCAAUCCCAUUCCCAGCAAUUUCUUCCCAAUACAUGCCAAAGAUUUGCUUUCUACACAUACACAUCUCAUCACGAGCGGCUCUAAGAAUAUGUCAUUACAAAGCAAACAACAAAAAGCAGCCGCAUCCGUAUUCGUUUCUUCAACAUCCUCGUCCGCGUCGGCCUCGGCGUCUUCAUCACCACCUGGUUCAGUGACUUCAAGUGUGGAAUCGCAAGUGGAAGUUUUACCACCAUGUAAACCGUCGCACGGACGACGUUUAAGGCAGCGCCCACAAAAGAAUUCUCCUGUCAACAGUCGCCGCAGUUCAAUCUCAAGCGCAAGCACGGCUUCUUCGACUAACUCCUCCAGCAACAUUACAUUAGCUGCAUUGCAGCAACAACAGCAAGCAAUACGUACCAGUGGUAAUACAAAUACGGGCAGUGCAAAUGCGACUAGUAUGCAAGAUCUGAAACAAUCAGUUAAAGAAUAUUUCGGUGGAGUAAUGAACCGUAUCGAAUCUGGCGAGCAGUUUUGCAUCCGUGCUAAAAGACAAUUGGCAAGUGGACAGAUGCAAUAUCUGAUUGAAUGGGGGGAUGUUACUGGGGCAUUGCAGCAACCACAAACAACACCGACAUCCAGCACAACAACAGCGUCGUCGGCAUCUGCAACUGCAACAGGAGAAGUCAAUCAAUAGAGAAUCAGUGCUUUUUACUGGGGCGUUAAAUUGGUUUUAAAUCCCUAAAUUUCGGGUUACGUCUUCGGCAUGUAAUUGUGGAUUUGCAAAUUGUAAGUAUAGCGUUACAAUAUAUUUAAGUUUUUAAAUUUAUUUAUAUUUAGUAAAGUUAAGCCGUUUUCAUUGUGGAUAGUUAAGGGGAUUCGGCAGUUAACUGUAGAUUUUCAAGAUAAAAAUGGUAAGUUAGGUGCCGAUUGUGAGUUAACUCUUAACUAUGUAUGCCCUAAAUCGCGUUAAUUGGCUGUUAUUUUAUUUCCAGUUUUAAAAAUACAUUAGCAAAUCAAUUUGCAAAAAAAAAAAAAAAAUUAUUUAAAAUGUUUUCUAUGGUUUUCUUAGGAGGAAGAAGUAACUUGAUUUGCGAUUUUAGAAUUUAUUAUUUAUUGUUUGGAAUCAACGACAGUGGUAUUUUUUUUAAUUCAAGUCCUUUUCAUUUUAUUUGUUUGCCUGAUCAUUAUUUACUGCCUUAAUUAUAAAUCAUCUAUUCUUGAAAUUUUUCUUAACAAAAUACAGGUUUGAACGUGCAAUGGCUGAAUUAGUUAUAAACCCAUACAAGUAUAAACUAUCAUAUGUAUAUAAAUGUGAAGGUGAAUAUUGCAAGAUUUAAGUUACUGUUCACUGCUGUGUUACUGCAAGAUUGAAAUGCAAUUCUUCAAAGCUCAAAUGACCCCUAAAAGAUAUAUGUAUGUAUGUAUGUAUGCCAAGUUAACACCUGUUAAUCAUAUAAAAACUGUACUGAAUAUACUAAAAACUGAGGUUAAGAAGUUGUGGGGAAUUCAUUUAGAUUUAUAAUUAAAAUAACGGCUUGGUAAACCCCUAGCCGAUUCCAUUUGCAUAGCACACAAAAUAAAUCGCAGAAAAAUUUCCUUAUUACAUAUGUACAUAUUUGGAAUUUCAUUGAAACUUGUAUUUUUUCUUAGACGAUUUGGAUAAAAAAGUUGCUGUUAUUUUAAAAACAGACAAUGGGUUUAAAUGGAAUUAAUAAACAAUUUUAUGAGUAUUAUAAAUACAAACAUUUUUAAUUUGAAUAAAUCAUUAAUUAAGUUCGAGUUUAGUAUAUAUUCUGUAUGUAUAUUUAUGUAAUUGAGUAAUAAUAAUAAUAAAUAUGUUUGUGUAAAAAUAUCGUCGUAAAGAAAGACUAUAAA